CAACAAUAAACCAAUAAACAUUUAAAAAACCAGUUUUUUUCUCACAACAAGCACCAAACAAACAUCAAUUCCACUAAUUCAGUGUAGAGCAAGAGACAUCGGAAAACAUGAAAUUGGUUACACACACACACAUUACAUGUCACACAGUACCCCNAAUUCUUUGUGUGUCUAUUAUUGUUAAUGUGGAUUCUAUAUUUUACAUACUCCGUAUAUAUUUUCUUGCCCAUCUUUAAAACUCUACCAAAUGCAAAGAUUGGCUCUGCAGAGAUAAUCUUUGAGAAUACAAAUAAAUUCUUGGGAAGCCCGUCGUCGUGAGACACCAAACCUCCGUCUGGUUUCAAUCUUUAUCCCCAGGAGUACUGAGUCAAGAUUAACCAAACCAAAUGGAGGAGAUCCACCAUGAAGAUGUUCAAGAGAUGAGAAACAAUGAACUCCCACAGGCUCACCACCUGCUUCCUUGCAAUUCCAUAUGUUCCUUCUCAAAUGCGGAACGACAUCUCGCGGAAUCCAGCAACAGAACGCAUUCCGCUAAAAAACUGUGGGUAAUACUAAUCCUUUCCGUAUUAGCGAUGGUCGUGGAGAUUAUAGGAGGCAUACUGGCAAACAGCCUAGCUGUGUUCACGGACGCAAGUCACUUGCUAGUUGACACAUUUGGAUUCUCCAUAUCUCUCUACUCAUUGCGGGUUUCGGGAAGGGUGACCACUCCUGAACACUCCUUUGGAUUCCAAAGGGGGGAAGUCUUAGGUUCCCUUUUGAAUGUGGUCUUGAUAUGGGGCGUCUCUCUGGUCUUGAUCUACCGUGCCGUGGAGAGAAUUUUCCAAAAAAACGUUGAAGUUAAUGGGCCACUCAUGUUUGCAACUGCGGCGUUUGGUUUCCUUAUUAACUUGGUCUCAGUUUGGGUGCUUGGUCAUCACCAUCAUCACGACCACGACCACCACCAUCACCGCCGGACCCACAAUCUAGAUGAUGAGCACAACCAAGAGCUGCAAGUGCUCAAUCAAGAUGAGAGUAGGUCGAUGCCAAGGCCUUCAACCUCUUCAUCUGCACGAGAGAGAGAAACAACAAACAUGAGUGUUGAUGCGGCUUACGUGCACACCAUUUGUGAUUUGAUUCAAUCCAUUGGAGUGAUGAUUGCUGGAGGCAUCAUGUGGUGGAAGCCAAAGUGGUUUCUAGUCGACCUGGCUUGCACACUCAUCUUCUCAGUGAUAUCCCUUUAUACAACGAUAAAGAUUGGUAGAGAAGCGGUCUGGAUCUUGAUGGAGAAGGUGCCGCGUGAAGUCGAUAUUGCCAUUCUAAAGAAUGGUUUGAAAGACAUCCGCGGAGUUCACGAUGUCCAUGACCUGCAUGUGUGGGCCAUCACUACAGGGAGGAUUGUUUUGGCAUGCCAUGUUGCGGUUGAGCCGGGGGUGGACCCUAGUGACGUGCUUGGUAGGGUUAGAGAAUUUUGUCUCACGACAUUUAAUAUUCAUCACAUAACCGUACAAAUAGAACAUUUACCUCAUUAAACAAUGGUUAUGUGAUUCUUAGGUGUUUCAUGAUUGUUUUGGGAAUGUGAUGAUAUUUGCAAACAGUUAGACGUAAAAAUACGCCUGUCACCAAGCAAGAAAAAUUGAAAAGCUAU